AUGGUUGUCUUCGACGGCCACGAGUACCUGACCGCGGAAGAGAGGCGUCUGAAGGAGGAUCGCGACCGCACCAAGUACUGGAAGAAAUGGGGUCCCUACGUCGCCGAGCGGCAGUGGGCUACAGGCAAGCCGAGACUCAAAGCCGAGAGGCCUCUCACCACCGGACCCUCGGCCAUACUAACCGUGCCCAUCCAGUCCGCGAAGAUUACAGUCCCGACGGUGACGCUUGGAGUCGUGAGUGCAGCUCUCCCAUGCCGUGAUGUGCGAUACUUCACCCACGACGAUGCCCGCUCGAGAGCUUUCCGAUGGGGUGAGGAUGGUAUAGCUGGUGUCUCUGAUACCCACGGUCUGCAGAACAUUGCCUUUGCUUUUUGGAACGAAGAAGACCCGUUCCUCAAGGAGCGCCUCUUUGGCUUGUCGAAUCCCCAGGGUAACCAUGGCGAAAGUAUCAAGGAAGCUCACUUCCACCUUGACAACACUCCUCACUCGUACAUGAAAUACCUCUACAAGUACCCCCAGAAGGCCUUCCCCUACGAAGAUUUGCUCAAGGAGAAUGCAAAGAGAUCCAAGACCGAGAAGGAGUACCAAAUCGUCGAUACCGGCAUCUUUGACGAGGACAGAUACUGGGAUAUCGUGAUCGAGACUGCCAAAGAAGAUGACGACCCUGACGAGCUGUUGUUCCGUGUGACAGCCUGGAACAGAGGUCCCGACCCGGCUCCCAUCCACAUCAUCCCUCACGUGUGGUUCCGGAACACCUGGGCGUGGGGUAGAGAGCCCGAGGACAAGAAACCCUCCAUCAAGGCUCACGCCGAGAACAUGGCAAAGUCGACACACCACAAGCUUGGCGAGCGCUAUGUUCUAAUGUCCCCAUCGCCCGGAGUUGGCCCCAGCGGUGACGACGUUCAGCCGGAGCUGAUGUUCACUGACAACGACACAAACUUUGAUCUUUUGUAUGGCCAAGAGAACAAGACCCCGUAUGUCAAGGACGCAUUCCACCAAUACAUUGUCGAGGGCAAGAAGGCCGCCGUCAACCCAGCAAAGUCGGGCACCAAGUGUGCAUCUUGGUUUGCGUUCAACGAGUCUGGCGGUGUUGCACCCGGGGAGUGCGCAGUUGUUCGUUUCCGUUUGAGCAAGAGAAACGAGACAUAUCUCGACGAAGAAGACUUCGAUGAAAUUGUUGAGAGGCGCCGAGACGAGGCAGACGACUUCUAUUACCGCAUCAGCCCCCUACCCAUGAGCGACGACCUCCGCAAUAUUCAACGCCAGGCGUUCUCGGGCAUGAUGUGGUGCAAGCAGUAUUACCAGUUCAUAUGGGAUCAGUGGGCGAAUGGAGAUCCUGCUCAGCCUCCGCCCCCUGCCAGCAGGAAGGAGGUCCGGAACGCUCAAUGGAAACACCUGCACAUCGAUGAUAUUCUGUCCAUGCCAGACUCCUGGGAGUACCCGUUCUUUGCUGCUUGGGACAGUGCGUUCCACUGCAUUCCUCUAGCCAUGAUCGACCCCGAUUUUGCAAAGAAGCAAAUAGACCUGUUCACGAGGGAGUGGUAUCUACACCCCAACGGUCAACUGCCAGCGUACGAAUGGAACUUCGGUGAUGUGAACCCACCCGUUCACGCCUGGGCAACGUUCCGUGUCUUCAAAAUCGAGCGAAAGCUGUAUGGACGACAAGAUUUGGAUUUCUUGGAGCGCGUGUUCCAGAAAUUGUUGCUCAACUUUACCUGGUGGGUAAACAGAAAAGACACGGACGGUAAGAAUGUGUUUGAGGGAGGCUUCCUUGGUCUCGACAACAUUGGUCUCUUCAACCGUUCCGAGCCUCUGCCAACUGGAGGUGUUCUCGAGCAAGCUGACAGUACUGGCUGGAUGGCCUUUUACUGUCUUUCCAUGCUCAACAUUGCCCUAGAGCUCGCCAAGCACAGGCGUAUCUACGAAGAUAUCGCCACGAAGUUCUUUGAACACUUCAUCUUCAUCAGUGAUGCGAUGACGUUCAAGACGGGCAAGGAAGAACAGUCGCUGUGGAACGAGGAAGAUGGUUUCUACUAUGAUGCUAUCUCCUGGGGCGGACCUUGGAUCCAGCAGCUCCCUGUAAGAUCCCUCGUAGGCCUGAUUCCGCUCUACGGCACCUUGACCCUGGAGCCUGAAUUGAUCAACAAACUCCCCUCAUUCAAGAAGAGGGUCGAAUGGUUCAUGGAACAUCGAUGCGAUCUCGCGGAGAGGAACAUGGCCAGUAUCAGGAAAAGGGGCAAGGGCAACAGAAUUCUUCUGGCCAUGGUCAGCAAGGACCGCCUCGAGAAGAUUCUUAAGAGGAUGCUGGACGAGGACGAGUUCUUGAGCGAGCAUGGAAUCCGUUCAUUGUCCAAGUAUCACAGAGACCACCCCUACUCGAUGGAUGUUAACGGACAGAAAUUCACCGUAGGGUACGUUCCUGGAGAUUCCGACAGCGGCCUGUUUGGAGGCAACAGCAACUGGAGAGGACCUAUCUGGCUGUGCGUCAACUUCCUGCUGGUCGAGUCUCUGCAAAGGUUCUAUCUGUUCUACGGGCCUCAGUUCCAGGUCGAGUGCCCCACUGGCUCUGGCGACUUCAUGCAUCUUGGGCAUGUUUCCGAGGAAAUUCAGCAUCGACUACAACACCUGUUUGCGCGCCGCGAUGAUGGACGUCGCAGUGUCAACGAUGGGAACGACGUGCUCGACUUUGACCCCCAUUGGAAAGAUCACAUGUGGUUUCAUGAGUUCUUCGAUGGCGACACAGGGCGUGGACUAGGCGCCACACAUCAGUGUGGCUGGACUGGUCUUAUUGCUCGCAUGAUCCACGACACUGGAAUCAGCUGCCGCCUACCUCAGACACCACGGACUCCCUCCGUCGGUAUGGCACACUAUUUCGAUGAUGUCUUCCACCGUGCCGUGGGCUUGGGCAAAGACAAGCCACAGAAGCCGCACAUGCGACGCUCUUCGACUGCGAGAUCAAUCGGCGCUCGCAGUGACUUUGAUAACUCUGUCAACGGUGAUGAUGACGACGCUGCGUCUUUGAGCAACAGUGUUGGUCACCUGGACCCGGAGCUCAUUAACCAGCGUCGGGAGGCGGAUUCGCACAUGCACCAGUACAUUAGCGAUCAGCUCGAGAGGGUCAAGACUGACGACGAUCACGCUGGGUACGAGUUUGGCGACGAGUACGAGACGCACGCAGAGUAG